AAUAAGUGUUAAUACUUUGAUACAAAUAAAAAUUAUUUUUAAUGGAUUUUUUUGAUGUUAAAUACUAUAGAAUUAAUAAGAAUCUUUUAAAAAUAUGUGGUCUCUGGCCUUUUCAAUCGUACACAACAAAAUGUUUUGCAGUAACAUUUCUUGCAUGUUCCUAUAUUAGUCUACUUAUUCCACAGAUGAUUUGCUACAUUAAGCUUUGGGGAGAAAGUUUAGAUGGAAUUAUGGUACGCACAUUACCUCUCUUGACAACACUUCUCUAUGCAAUAAAAUUGCUAACUUGUAUUUUAAGUUCUGAUAAGAUAAAAAAUAUACUGAAUACAAUGAAAAGUCAUUGGGAAUUAAUAUCAUCUGAACCAGAAUUUGAUCAAUUUCUUAAGCAGGCUCAAAUUGGAAGAGACUGUUCGAUUAUUUAUAUAGGUUACAUAGGUUUGACUACAAUUUUCUAUCUAUGCAUGCCAUUAAUACCAUGUUUAAUUGAUCAAAUUGCACCGCUUAAUGAAACUCGAGAAAGAAUUUUUAUUUAUGAACUUGAUUAUGGAGUAGAGGACAAUAGGGAUUACUUUUAUUGGAUACAACUUCAUAUAUUUAUUAGUGCAUUCUCGAAAAUAAUUCCUCCAGUUGGCUUUGAUACAUUAUUUCUUAUAUUUACACAACAUGCAAGUGGAAUAUUUUUCGCAUUAGGUAAUAAACUAAAAAAUAUUAACAAAAACAUACCUAAGGCAAUUAAUUCAGUUGAAGAGGAAGACAUAAUUUCUCAAGAAAUUUCAAAAUGUGUAGAAAGACACUGCAUUGGUUUAGAGUUUAUCUCUUCAAUUGAAUCAUUAUUUGCAAUCUCUUAUUUAUUGCAAAUACUAACUACUGUUGUCAUUAUAAGCCUCAUUGGAAUAUUGGUAUUAAUUAAUUUAGAUAAACCACAUGAAGCUGUAAGAUUUGUAUUGUUUGUUGUAGCACACAUGUUUAGUUUGUUUUAUUUGAGUUUAUCGUCUCAACGACUAACUGAUAAUACUUGCUUACUUUUUGAUAAUAUAUAUUUCUCUCGAUGGUAUAAUAUGCCACUAAAAUGUAGAAAAAUGUUACUUCAAAUAAUGAUGAAAACUAAAGAUUCUUGCAAAAUUACCGCUGCUCAAAUUUAUGUUAUGGAUAUAGAAAGCUUUUCAGGGAUGAUUCGAGCUUCAAUGUCUUAUUUUACAAUGUUGUCAUCAAUGAGAUAAACACAUAAAUACAAUGUUUGAGAAUAUAUGUAAAAUUUAGCAAAUAAGAUAUAAAUGUAAUGUAGAAACGACUUGGAAAAAUUAAGAGUUUAUUUUACUAACUACGUGUAAAAGAUUUUUUUUUUAAUCAAGUGUAGCAAUUACCCACAUAUUACCAGAUAGUACCUAAAUAUUUUUUUUUGAAAUUGCAUAGAAUUUAUAACAACCCCCACAGCAACGAAACUUUCCUGAAAAAUUUAAAAAAUAUUUACUUGCAAUAUUUGGAAUAUUUAAUUGCAAUGUUUAUUGAAAGUUAGGUAAAGAUAGAAUGUUCUUAUCAGUUUGGGAAAUAAUGACGAACUACACUAAUGUGUAUAUAAUACAGAAAUCACUUAAAAUUAAUUACAAGUGAAUUACAACACUGCUUUUGGAGAAGAUUCCAAUCAUGGCUGUAUCAAAAAUUGUAAUUCUUUUGGAAAUUAUUCUUCUUAUUAUGUUAUGCAUCUGCAGCAAUGCUUCUGAAUUAAAUAAGAAACAAAAAGCGAGAUAUGAAAUUGCACGACUCACUGUUUUAGGAAUGGUUGAUCCAGAAUUGUUUUAUGACUUAAUGCAUACGAAAAAUUUUGAUAAUAAUUGUCCAAAUAGAUUAACGAAGAUGUACAGAACUCAUAAAGAAAUGUGGAUUUCUCACCUCAAUCAUAAAAAAAUUUCUCCUCAGAACCCUUAUUGGAACAAAUUAGGUUUAUAUGAAUUUGCAAAAAUGUAUAAAAUAGUAAAUUAUAUAUAUAUACGUAAUAAUCUGUCAUCUGUAUUAAGUUUUGAAGAUUGCUUUUCAAUUAUUCAUUACACUCAAUUUGGCUCUGAACGAAUAACAGAUGAUACGGAUGAAGGUAGACAAAUGAGAAAUGCUUUCUACAGAUUAGCAAUUAGACAAUCGAAAGAUCCAUAUAAAUAUCAUAAUUCGAUAUUGUAUCGAGGACAAAGUAAACUCAAAGCAUGGUAUAAAGAACAUUAUAAAAAUACAAUGGAACAAUUAACAAAAUUUACUUCAACAACAACAAGUGAAAAUGUAGCACGUAGAUUCGCGCAACAUAGAAAAAAUGAAACUAACAAGAUGUCAGAAAUUUAUGAAAUUUAUUUUCCAAAGCCAUUUUUGAGUGCAAAUAUUGUUAAUAUAACACUUUACCCUCAUGAAAAAGAAACAGUUCUGCUUCCAGAAACAAAAUUAAUUAUCAAAAAAAGACUUCGGAGGAAGGGACAAAAUUUAAUUUUUUGGGAAGAAAUUCAAGGAAUAAAGUAUCCGGUUACUUCUGUUGAUUUAAAAACAAAUCUAACUCAUAAUGAUGAAAAUUUGAGUAUAUUUGAGCAGCAGAAAAAAGUAAUGAUAAAAUUAAAAGAACUAAAAGAUUCUGGUACAAAAUUUUAU